AUGGUUCUCAAACCCCUUGAUACUGUGGAGUUCACUGAUGCGAGCAACUCGCCAGUGCUCCAUCGAGAUCUACGGGGUCAAUUUGCACGCAUAGUUGGCGGUGAAGGUCACCACUAUGUGGUAGAAGGCGGCAGGAAGCUCUUUGACGCUUCUGGAGGCGCUGCGGUCGCUUGUCUCGGUCAUGGGGACAAGAGGGUGGCAGAUGCCAUGGUGCGGCAGAUCAACAGUAUCGCAUAUAGCCCUUCGACGUUCUUCACGACCCCCGCUUGCGAGAAAUUGUGUCAAUUUCUCGUUGAUUCCACCAGCGGCCAGAUGUCACGGGCCUACCUAGUCAGCAGCGGAUCCGAGGCCAUGGAGGCAGCGAUGAAGCUCGCACGGCAGUUCUUUCUAGAAAAGGAUACACCAGAACCCCAGAGACAUCUCUUCAUAGCUCGAGAAAGGUCUUAUCAUGGAACGACUCUGGGCGCCCUCUCGAUGGGGGGUCAUGUGACUCGGCGAGCCAAGUUUACACCGAUGCUACUCGACCAUGUUGUCUCCCAUGUGUCUCCAUGUUAUGCAUAUAGGGGUAAAGCGCCCGGGGAAUUGGACGGCUCAUACGUAGCCCGCCUUGCCAAGGAGCUUGACGAAGAGUUUACCCGCGUAGGACCGGAGAAUGUAUGCGCCUUUGUGGCGGAACCAGUUGUCGGAGCUGCCCUGGGCUGUGUCCCAUCCGUGAGCGGCUAUUUCCAGGCUGUGAAGUCAGUCUGCGAUCGACAUGGAGCACUUCUUAUCAUGGACGAAGUUAUGAGUGGCAUGGGCCGCUCUGGGACCCUCCACGCUUGGGAGGGCGAGGGGGUGGUGCCCGACAUUCAGGCGAUUGGCAAGGGCCUAGCCGGGGGGUAUCAACCGAUCGCAGGCAUUCUAGUCAACAAGGGUGUAGCCGAGGUAUUAGAGAAGGGUUCGAGUUGUUUCGUUCAUGGGCACACGUAUCAAGGUCACCCUGUCGCGUGCGCAGCAGCACUUGAAGUACAGCAAAUCAUUGAGUCGGGUGGUCUUCUCGCCAACGUACGAGCCAUGGGCCAAGUGCUGUCGGAACUCUUGAGGGAUGGCCUCAGGGACGAACCUUACGUGGGAGAUAUCCGUGGCAAGGGACUCUUUUGGGGCAUUGAGUUUGUGCGGGACAAGUUGAGCAAGGAGCCUUGGCCCAGGGAAGCACAGGUGGCAAUGGAAAUCAGCGAUAUUGGGCGCACCGAGGCUUACGGUAUCGUGGUUUAUCCUGGAGCGGGGACUGUGGACGGCGUACUAGGUGAUCAUAUCAUUGUCGCGCCGCCGUAUACCGUGACACGGGACGACGUUACUUUCAUUGCCGAAACGGUGGUGAAGCUGGUAAGGGAAUAUUUCGCAGGACUGGAACAGCCCCGACCGGCCAUUUGA